AGUUGUCUCAGUCACAUGGAACCACAGAAUCUAACACAUGUCUCAGAAUUCCUCCUUCUGGGCCUCUCAGAGGAUCCGGGACUGCAGCCUCUCCUCUUUGGAAUCUUCCUGACCAUGUACCUGGUCACUGUGCUCGGGAACCUGUUCAUCAUCAUGACUGUCAGCUGUGACCCCCACCUCUACACCCCCAUGUACUUCUUCCUCUCCAACCUGUCUUUGGCUGACAUUGGCUUUACUUCCACCACAGUCCCAAAGGUGAUUAUAGACAUCCAAACUCACAGCAGAGUCAUCUCUUAUGCAGGAUGCUUGACUCAGAUGUCCUUUUUUAUGCUUUUUGGAUGUUUGGACAGUCUGCUCCUGACUUCGAUGGCCUAUGACCGGUUUCUGGACAUUUGUCACUCCCUGCACUAUCGGGUCAUCAUGAAUCCCCACCUAUGUGGCUUGCUGGUUUUGGUGUCCAUUUUCAUCAGCCUUUUGGUCUCCCACCUGCACAAUUCAGUGGUGUUACAAGUUACCUACUUCAGGGAUGUGGAAAUUGCUCAUUACUUCUGUGACCCUUCUCAACUGCUCAACCUUGCCUGUUCUGACACAUUCACCAAUAACAUAAUAAUGUAUAUUAUUGGUGCCAUGUCUGGUUUUCUCCCAAUUUCAGGGGUCCUUUUCUCUUAUUCUAAAAUUGUUUCCUCCAUUUUGAAAUUUCCAUCAUCAGUUGGGAAGUACAAAGCCUUUUCUGCUUGUGGCUCUCACCUGUCAGUUGUUGGCUUAUGUUAUGGAACAGGCCUUGGAGUGUACCUUAGUUCAGCUGUCUCAUCUUCCUCCAGAAAAGGUGCCGUGGCCUCGGUGAUAUACACUGUGAUCACCCCCAUGCUGAACCCCUUCAUUUACAGCCUGAGGAACAGGGUCAUCAAGAAAGCCCUGUGGAGGCUUCUCAGCAGAGCAGCCUAAUCUCAAUACCUGUGCCAUUUUUUGUUGUGCAGGUUGGAAAAGGCAGCAAAACCAACUAGAACUGCAAAUCUUGUGUAUCAGGUCACAUCAUUUUUGUAGCUCUCACGGCUUUCAUUCUCUAUAUUUCA